AUGGUGGUCCUCGCGCUGGUGGACGCCCACCGCAGCCUGGGCAGGGCCUUCUGCGAGGAGGACGCGCUGCGGGAGGCGAUCUUCAACGAGGUCUGCGACGAGGCCGCCGAGAGCGCCACGCGAGCCCCCGCCGCCCUCCUCGGCGCCCUCUUCGGGGGCGCGCAGCGGGCGCUGGGCCGCGAGGAGAUCCGGUCUCGGGCCGCCUCCGUCACCGCGCAGGUGCUCUCGGGCGAGCGCCCGCCGCCCGGCGGGCUGCCGCGCGCCGUGGACGCGGUGGCCGCCGCGCUGCGCGGGGCCGCGGGGGGUCUGCCCCGCCUGGCCUGCCUGCUCUUCGGCGACGCUGGCGGCCCGGGGGCGGUGGCCUUCGCCAAGUCGCUGCCCUGCCUGCAGGUGGAGGGCCUGCUGACCGCCUGGAACGACUCCGAGAGGGCGUCGAGCAUCCCCGGCGCCGCGGCGAUCCUGGCGGGCCACCCCGCCGUUCGGGAGGCCUCCGUGCUGCUGCUGUUCACGGCCCGCCCCUUGCCCACCGCGGCGCUGGCGGAGCAGCUGCGAGGCACGGGCGGCCUCGCCCCGCUGCACUGCGUCCACUGCGGCGCCGCCGCCCCGCAGGACCUCCACGAGCUCGCCGGGCUCUGCUCCGGCGGCGGCGGCUCGGCGGCCACGGCCCCCGCGCAGGAGCGCGAGCCCGGCCGCCCCGCGGAGCUGCUGCGGGCCGCGGUGCGGCGGGCUCUCGGCCUCGAGGCCCCCGCGCCAGCGGCGGACCUGCUGGGCCUGGAGCCGCUGGCGCCGGCGCCCGCGGCAGACCUGCUGGGCCUGGAGGCGCCGCAGGCGCCCGCAGCGGACCUGCUGGGCCUGGAAGAGAAGCCGGCGCUGGCGUGGGGCCCAGGGGUGUUUCUCGGCGGCAGGGAGGGGCUCACUCCGCGCUCCAUGGCUGUACAGUCGGACCGAGGUGACCGGCCCGAGAUCGCGGUGGGCGACGUGCUCGUCUGCGCUCGCUCGACGAUCGCCUUCGGCUCGAAGGCCUCCCGCGGCGACGCCGUCGCGGCGGCGCUGCGCGAUCCGAGCCGGCCGCUGGCGGCGCUGUUCUGCCGGCCCCCGCGGGGCCAGCGGCUGCUGCCGCCCGCGCCGCAGGCGUCCGUAGGCGCGCUGGACCUGGACGGCAGCGCGCUGGCCGCGGCGGCCGGCAACAUGCUGGCGGCCGCGGCCAGCAUGCUGGAGCAGCAGCGACUGGUGGCCGGCUGGUGGCCAGCUGGGCCGUCGGCUGGUGGGCCGGCGGCGCCGGCCGACGGCGGUGGCGCGCCGGAGGCCGCGGCGGACGAGGCGUUGGCCGGCAGCGUGCUCGCGCAGGCCGAGGCCCAGGCGCUGGAGCAGCUGGAUCCAGAGCAGCGGCAGGCGCGCAUCCGGGAGCUGGUCGCGCUGCAGGUGCGGCUGCAGCAGGGCGGCGCGGCCGCGUCUGCCGCCCUGCCGCCGGGCCGUUUCGUCUCCGCCAGCAUCUCCCGCGUGCUCGACCUGGAGCGCCAGGUGGACAAUCGCCUCCUGCUGGAGUGGCUGCUGGUCCUCAGCCGCACCAUGGCCUUCUGCGGCGGCGCCGCCAGCCUGGGGCGCGCGCGGUGCGUCUCGCGCCUGUGGGGCGACGCGCUGAAGUUCGGCGGUUCGACCGUGGCGACGAAGCUCUGGAAGUGGGCCGUGCGAUUUGGCGACCCGCCUCCGCAGGCGCGCCGCCCGGCGUUCUGGCGCUGGCUGCGCGCGCGGCGGGGCCGCGCCGCCGCCAGGGAGUUGCCGGCCGACCCGGCCGCGGAGCUCGAGUCGUUGGUGGAGCGCGCGCGCUGCGAGGAGGGCUUGGCCGACGCACGCGAGGCCAUCGCCGAGGACGUGUCCCUCACGCUCGCGUCCCUGGGCGACGGCGUGCGCGGGCCCCUCCUGCACGGCAGCCUCGAGGGGGCCGGGUCCCCCUGGGGCCUGGAGGAGCUGCAGGAAACCUUGGAGCGCCUCCUGCUCGCGCUGGCGGUCGCGCGCCCGGCGGUGGGGUAUCGCCAAGGCCUCGACGCGAUUGCGGCCUUCGCGCUGUCGCUCGCGGAGGAAGAGCGCGCGGAUGACAGCGAAGAUGCCGAGGUGGAGGCCGAGGCCCUCCGGCUGCUGCUGGCGGUGACGGACCUCUGCGACGCGCGGCCCUGGGACGGCACCGUCGGCCCGCGCGCGGGGCCGCCGGCGGUGGCCGCGCUCGCGAGGCUGGCGCGCUCGCGGCUGCCGCGCCUGGCCGCGCACCUCGGGGCCGAGCUGGAGCGGCUCUGCGGCGGCUGCCUGCCGUGGCUCCGCACGCUCUUCGUGGGCUGCGCGCCGCUGCCGCGGGCGGCUUUGAGCCGGCUGUGGGAGUGUUGGCUGCUGGACGGCUCGCCGAAGGUCUUCUUCCGGGCGGCGCUGGCGGUGCUUGCACGAGCUGAGGGUGCUUUGCUCGCGGAGCACCCCUCGCGGGCGACGGAGCUGCUGCAGCAAUGCGUGCCGCCGAUGGACCCGUCGCUCGUGCGGUCCCGGUUGGUGCCUGCGGCGUGGGCGAUGAAGGUGACCAGCAAGGUCCUGCGAAGAACGCUCAGCGAGGCAGGCGAAGAGAAACCUGGAGGAGAUUCUUCUGCAGGCCAUGCAGCGGCGUCCUCGGGGCGCGAGAGGCACGACGAAGCCGUCGUUGGAGGCGUCAUCGUGGGCGCGAAGCUGUGCGGCUCGCGCCAGCUGGAGCUGGAGUGA